AUGGCCAUGCUCGCCUCAAAGGCCCCGUACCCAGCGCCUUCCGUCAGCGGAGGUGCUCCUCAGUCCUCAGCCCAGUACAACGCUAGCCUCAACACCUACCGGACACAUGCCUCCGCCACCCGCGCCGACCAAAGCAUGUUUGCCUCGCCUACUGAGUCUGAGUUUUCUGAAAUCUACGAUGCUCCCGAUGCCAUCAAGCAUUGGGACGAGGACAAGGUUGGUGACUGGCUGAAGCGCAUCAACUGUGCCCAGUAUGUCGAGCUUUUCAAGCUCAACCACAUCAAUGGCGAGAACCUGAUGGAGAUGGACCAGACCCAUCUCAAGGACAUGGGCAUCAAGAAAGUUGGCGACCGCGUCCGCAUCGGCUCACAAGCAAAGCAGCUGCGCAACAAGGAGUACAAGAAGGCUUCUCGACGUACCUCAAACAGGCAAUCGCUCGCUACCCUGGACAACGCCGCAUACACACCUCCUUCAUCCGGCUCUCCGCGUCCUAUGCACUCGGCACGGUCAAACCCUCCUUUGUCCAACCCUAUAAGUUCACGGACGGAGAAGCGCAUGUCAAGGCAAAUCACAAACUCGGACCUCAGCAGCUACGCAUACGGCUCAAAGUCACCCUCCCGUCCCGGUUCUCCGCUUGUGGACCAAGAGACGCGUAACCUACGCUCACAACGCCAAGGAGGUCUGAACAGCCCCAAGGAAGGAGGCAACAAGACAUACGGUGCCCAUCCCCUCAGUGCUUCAAGCAGCUCUGUUAACAUUGCUCCCCCGCUCGUCCGAAACCAAAGGAGUACACCCACAGAGACGCCCCAAACGGCUCGCUUCGCCCACCAUGUCCGAGCAAGCCCUAGCAUGGACAGCGCUACCAACAGCGCCAUCCUGCCCCACGACAAGGCUCUCGUGCGUGUCAUCUACGAUGGUGGACGCACUUCAGUCGUCAACAUCGAAGGCUGCAAAACUGCCGACGAGGUCAUGCUCAAGACACUAACAAAAGGACAUCUCAACACUGCACACGUCAAGAAUUACUGCUUCUACAUUCUCAACAGCUCCGAUCCCGACCCGUCACUAUCGGAGCGCUUGAGUGACAUUGAGCUUUUUAGACUAGUCAAAGACGCCAACCGACAUGAACGCGGCCGGUUAAUUCUCCGCAAAGUCCACGCGGGUGAGCCUGAUGAGGAUCAACUCAAGGCUGCUGCUGGCAUCUACCAACAACAAAACUACCAACAACCACACGGCGUCUAUGUACCCGCCAGCAACCGCAGUCAAAACAAGAUUGAAAAGCUGACAGGAGAAUCUCUUGCCGCCGUCAGCUACCCUCUAUCACCGACUUCAGCCAGAGAACGAGAACGCCAUAUCAACUCGACAGCUCAGAACCUCGAAGGGCCUGCCGAGGCCUCGCGGUCACCUUACUUCCAAGCACGUGCACGCAAGCUCAAGCAAUUCUAUGGUGCUCGCCCACCCAGCGAGCUCAUUACUUCCGACCUUACUUCCUACUUUCCGGAUGUCGGUAAAGACGAGAUCGACAAGACCGUUCGGAUGUCGAUACGCCGAUCACAUCGCCUCAGUCGGGCGGCAUCCCGACUAUCGAUGGCGUCUAAUUUUAGCGUUGCUUCUAGCUUGAAAGACGCUCCACCACUGCCGUCCAUCGCCGACAGCUGGCUCCAAGGAGGCGCACAGGCCCGCCCCCUUCGACCCUUAUCCGUCAUGCGCCUGGGAUUGCCUCAUCAAAGUGGAUACCGAGACUCCUUGGCGUCUUCCGUCCUCGAGCCGCUCGACGAAGAGUCGCCUCUGGAACCAAAUCGCAAGUCUUAUGUAUCGUUUGGCGGCGACAGUGUCGGAGACAGCUUAGCCAUUACCGACCCCGAUGGCAACACAACCCUUCAAUCUUACUUUGACGAUGCCGGCAGCAGCCUUGCCGGCAGCAGCAGUAGCAACACAGAAAAUGGCGACUCGCUCAACAAACGCCUGUCGGAAGCCCUAGCUGAAGACGGCGAAGAGUCCGACGACGAGCUGGCAGAGUACCUGGAGCAAGACUCUUGGGAUAACGUCAAGUACAUGAAGGGUGCUCUCAUCGGACAAGGUUCCUUUGGCAGUGUGUACCUUGCACUGCACGCCGUUACCGGUGAGCUCAUGGCUGUUAAGCAGGUUGAGCUUCCAUCUGUAGCUGGCGCUUCUCAGAUGGACCACAAGAAGACGAACAUGGUCGAAGCUCUGAAACACGAGAUUGGCCUUCUUCGCGAACUCAAGCACAAGAACAUUGUGCAAUACCUGGGUUCCAACUCAGACGACAGCCAUCUCAACAUUUUCCUCGAAUACGUCCCCGGUGGCUCUGUAGCGACUAUGCUAGUCAACUACGGUCCUCUGGGCGAGUCUCUUAUCCAAAACUUUGUCCGCCAGAUUCUUACUGGUCUUUCUUACCUUCACUCACGGGAUAUUAUUCACCGAGAUAUCAAGGGUGCCAAUAUUCUUGUUGACAACAAGGGCUCUGUCAAGAUUUCGGAUUUCGGUAUUUCUAAGCGUAUCGAGGCCUCUACAUUGGGCGGCGGAAAGAAGGGAGCUCAGCGCGUUUCGCUUCAAGGCUCCGUCUUCUGGAUGGCCCCUGAGGUUGUUCGACAGACAGCUUACACCCGCAAAGCCGACAUUUGGUCACUUGGCUGCUUGGUUGUUGAGAUGUUUACUGGAAGCCAUCCCCAUCCCAACUGCACGCAGCUACAAGCCAUUUUCAAGAUUGGUGGAAGCGGCGAUGCCAGCCCAACCAUUCCUGAUAACGCCGGCGAGGACGCUAGGAGGUUCCUAGCCGACACUUUCCUCAUCGACCACGAGAAGCGUCCCAGUGCAGACGAUCUUCUUGCAAGCUCCUUCAUUACCAACCAAGGGGCGUAA